CAAUUCAAUAUUUCCUGCAGCAGUUUCUGGCGCUCAUGUCAAGCCGUUAACCAUUAACUGCAAGCCACCGCACAACAAUUGCAAAGCGUGGGCCAAAAGCCGAAGUAGUAGUACUCGUAUUGCAGCAGUAACGAUAAGCGGAAAAUCAAAUUCACCGAAAAUCACAAAACUAGCUUACUCACCAGUCGGUCGUUUGAUAGCAGUAGAGCAAAUUGUAGAAGCGUCUAAUGGCGCAAGCAUUUGACUCGCAUAAUAUGUGUAAAUAAACAUAAAUAUGUAUGUACAUAUAUGUAAACCAUAAAUAAGUACUAUAUAUGUAUGUAUAUAGAGGCGAGUGCAAGUUUUGAUUAGCUGCGUCGCACACCCGAUCUGCGGCAGCGUCGCGCUGCUGUGGGCCAAGCCGGCAUCACCACCGGCGCUGUGUGUAAUCAACAAACACUUCAGUUGUGCCGCGGUGUCGUGCAGUGCCUGUUGGAAUAAUCCAACAACGGAGUAAUAACUGGUUGCAUACAUUUUUUGUUUGCAUUAAAAGUGAAAAUAUUCAUUUUAAAAAAUGCAUAUAUAAAUAAUAAUAUUUGUGCGAUUGCACGAUUUGUAGAAUUAAGCGGUGUAGACGGCGGCGCAUCACUUCGAAAUACGAUCAAUUAUUGUAUUAAGUGAAUUACAACCGUAUGUGGCUAAUGCAAAUUGCUUUGACGUGUUUGAAAGUGCAUAAAAAUACGACAACAAUAAUCAAAUCAAGCUAAAAAGCAAUAAUAAGCAACAUAUACAAUACAAUAAAUAAUAAUUGUCAGAAAUGUAUUUUCGAAGAACACAACAGCCACACAUUAUAAUUGGUAUAAACAAUAAAAAAUAAAAAUAAAAUUAAUAAAAAUUUAAAUAAUUAUUAAUUUAACGAGUUUGAGAAUUAAAAAAAAAAUAAUAUACGUCAAUAUGCCAACGACUUGCCAAUUUCAAUUUUCGCGCACUACGCCAAUUUACUACAGUGGUGAGCAAAUUAAUGGAUACAUUGCAUUGAACACCACGAAGCAGCUGGCAAUUGAAGCGGUCUAUGUAACACUCGAAGGUGAGGCCCGCGUGCAAUGGUCUCUCAGCGGCAAAAGUGACUCGGCCAACUACUGUGGCCAUCAGCAAUAUUUAUAUACGCGCACCAAUGUCUUCGACAGUACUGAAUUUCGUGCGGGUACACACGUCUAUGUGUUGCGCUUGCGCAUACCGUCCGGUUGUCCGUCCUCAUGCAAAGGCCCCUAUGGCUUUAUUGCGUACAAUAUCUCCCUGACCAUCGCCAAACCGUGGACAUUCGAUGAAGUGUUCCGCAAACCCAUAACUGUGGUGCAAGCAUUAAACCUGAACCACAAUCCGGAAUAUGGCCUGCCAAUACGUGAUGAGAACGUGAAAUAUCUCUGCAACUGGCCAUGCACUUCGGGACCCAUUAUGUACACAUUACUACUGCCUUACAAUGGUUUCGUCGCGCGACAGCAAAUUACGUUUUUCCUCGAAGUGGACAAUCAGUCGCCACAUUAUGACAUUUCCAGCAUUGAGGCUUCACUCAAACAACACUUUAUUUUCCUCGCUCGACAGCCAUAUAAACGCAAUUUCUAUACGAAAACACUGGCGAAAAGCAUAAUUACGGAGCGUACGCUGCGACUGAGCAAACGCAUGUAUCAGGGUACCGUCUGUGUACCCUCCGAUACGCCGCGCUCAACACUGAAUCCCAAUUAUAUUGUUUUUGUGCAUUACACACUGCAAGUGAAGUUGAAGACCGGCUAUUUUCACUACGAUACAGAUCUAUCGGUGCCAGUGGUAAUCGGUACCAUACCGUUGCAACAACGUGGUGUGCAGUUGGUGACCACGCAGCCACGUCGAAUAAGUACCCGUGAUAUAUCAACACUAGAGGAAGAGGACGGUGAUGUGGCAGGUGAACAGUGGAGUGUGCAGGCGGAAAUUAAUCAAACAGAAGAGGAUGGUGAGGGAGAUGAUGAUGAUGAUGACGAUGAUUUUAUCCAACCAGUAGCUAGUAGCCAUGCGACGCCACGGCGUACACGUGCCCAGGAUAUAUCCAACAACAAUGAGGAAGAUGAGCCGCCAUCAUAUGACAGUUGCUUACCUCCGUCCUUCAGUUUUGCUACGCUCAGCAGCCAACAGACACUGGAUAGUGUUGGACAUUCAUCGGAUACGAAAUCACGUGGGCAACGUACAAUUAAGUUGCCCAAAUUUCCUGGUUAUGACAUUGUUGCUUCCUCCACACAGGCCAUUAAUAUGUCUGCAGACUCGGCUUUUAGCUUAAACUACUACCGUUCCUACGGCUCACUUGGCACUGGGCACACCGGACGCAGCCUAGACACUUUCGCCUCUAGUUGUGGUGUGCUCAGCGAAACCGAUGAGCAUGUACAUGAUGCCAAUGAAGGCGAUGAUGAUGAUGAUGAGGACAUUUUCUAAAAACGCAACAACCCAAUGAAAAUGUUGAGCCAUAUUUCUACGAAAUAAGUGAAAUCAUAGAAUGUACUUAAAACCGAUUAAAGUGCCAAAGAAUUGAAGGAAAAAUGCCAAAAAUACAAAAAGUGCAACUUGCCACUCGCCAAUAUGCCAAUACCUCAUUUUGUAGUUUGUAAAUGAUUAAAAUGCUUAUACUAAUAAUCUGUAUCCAUUUGAAGACUUAGUAUUAGUGUAAAAAGGUUAUACGAUUUAAUAAUUUGGUUGUAGAAGCUUUGAAAUUAUUUUCGACAAUAUAUAUACAUUAAAAUUGAUGGAGAAGACUGGAGUCGAUUUUAGUUUUAUUAUAUAUAUCGGAAUGCAUAGAUACAUAGAUAUUUAAUACACAAAUAAAAUAUACAUAUGUAUAAAAAAAGAUCGGUAAAAUAUCGAUUCAUCUACAUAUUUAUCACACCUCUUGGCACCAGGAUCCUGAAAAUCGCCUUUAAGAGUGUUACUCCGCUGCAGUUGUUCGAUUAUAUUAAUGAUGCGCCUUGUUGAUUUAUAAAGUUCCUCAUAAAAGCUUUAGUAUAUAAAAGCUUAAUGCUUUUAACAGUCCACUGUUGAUAACAGUACAUGCUAAACUAAAUUCCUGUUUCUUUAUAAACAUUCACUGAUUAGACCGUGAACAUAUAUUUCUAUAAAGCUGCAACGGUUGAUUUCAAAUAAUUUUCAAUUCCCUAUCAAAUAGUUGUAAUCUUUACCGUUUCUAAUAAGCCUAAAUAAAA